GAACCUCACUCCGAACAUACAUACUUUGCCACUUUGCUUUGCUUUCCUCUUUGUUUUCCCUUCCUUUCUUCUCUCUCUCUGUUUGCUCAGAAGAACCCAACUUUUUGCUUCAUAGCGACAAAAGAAAUAAAAUUAGGGUUUUAUUCGAUCUUUACUCUUCAGCCAUUUGAUUAGUUUCCCUCCCAGAUUUCAAAAAGUAUAGCCAUUUAUGCUUUUUUUAAAACUCUACUUUGCGGUCUUUUAAUCCUCUGCAAUUCACUGGCUUGUUUGUUUAAUUUCCCAAUUCCCAUCUGGGUUCUUUUCAAUUGAAGUGCUUUGUCUCCCAGAAAUCUCUGUUUUUCAUGUUUGGACCACAUUUCUUGAAAACCCAAUUGUGAUUGUUGAAGUUAAAUUAGGGUUUCAAACGUAAGAAGUGAGAGAAUGGCCAAGAGAUCUUCUUUGGGUAGCAUGAUGCGGAAGAAGCUAACCGACAUCACUAAUUUGCAGACUGCGAAAGCUAUUAGCAAAGAUGAAAAUCCCCCAGAAGAUUGUCCUACUGAUAAGGACUACAUUGACCAGCUCAUGAGGGAAAGAAUGACUUUGAUGAGACUUGUCUCGGAAAGGAAUAAAAUCGUUGAAUUAAGUGGAGCUGAGUUGCAGAAACUGCGGAUUAGUCUUCAGAAAUUGCAGCAACAAAAUUUGAAUCUUGCUCAAUCAAACAGCCGGAUGUUAGCGGAGCUUAAUUUAGGAAGAGAAAAGGUAAAAACACUACAGCAUGAACUUCUUUGCAAGGAUGCCUUACUUAAAGCAAAGAAUCUAGAAAUAGAGGUUAGCCCUUAUCUAGCAUUGUAUAUAAUUAGGAAUGCAAUCGAAAUCUUGACUUUUAAGUUCAGUGGAACUAAAACCAAUACCAAUUUUUUACAUUGUGUACACUAUAUAUCUGCUGGAACUGUUACUGCAAGUUUUCCUGCUGUUUACUUAUAUAUUCUUGAGUUUUUAUGGAUAACUAAUGGCAAUGUACUUAUAUAAUUUAGCUUUACUUUUAUAACUCCUUCUCACUCCUUUUCUUCUCCGGCUUGUUUGUUGGCACUCAAAAAUAGCUGCAAC